GAUCAUCGGCGAGAGAAGAUCAAAGUGACAUAGACAGAGAAAACUACAAUUUUUGUGUAUAUCUAGAUAGAUAGUGUGUUUCUGUUUUUGAGGCUGUGGCAUGUAAAUUGGUGAGCGGUGGUUUCAUUCAUCCCCUCUCGUCUCUCUCUCACAGACACAUACACACAUACAUACAUACAUACACAGAGAUAAGCGACCUUUCACGUGUCUUGCUCUCUCCUUUUUCGUUUCCACUUCCUUUUUCUCUUUGUUUUCCUCUCAACUUUCUGUUUGUUUCUCUGCAUAAUUAUCUGCAGUUUCGUUCUUUCUGAGCCUCCUUCGACGGUGCUUGUCCUAUAUAUACCUUUCUCUCCACCCCAACAACUCUCAUUUCUGGUUAUACAAAACUGAGAGUUUUACAAAUUUAAGAGAGAGAUAUAGAAACAGAGUUAUGGAAGGAAAGAAGCAAAUGGGUUCUUCUUCUUCAUCUUCCUCUUUCACUUCUGAUCUUUUCGGUUCCAAGGAGUCCUCUGUUUCCUCUUCUUCUGGAAUUUUUGGGUCUAUCUUUGCUCCAUCGUCAAAGGUAUAUGGGAAGGAGUCUGUGCGAGCUGAGACAGUUGUGAAGAAGCAAGACUCUGAAAGUGAGCUUUGGAGCACCAAACCUGGACCUCAAGACACUAUCACUCAGGGCAGUGAGGGCGAGAGCUUUCCAAAUAAGGACAUGAGUCAUUUCUAUCAGGAACAAAGAGUGCAGCCUUGUCAUCUCAGCUCAUCCAUAUAUUAUGGUGGUCAAGACAUCUAUUCUCACCCUCAGAAUACCCAAGCCUCCUCUGGGUACUCAACGUUCAAUAAAGAUGGGGGAGAAGAUGAUUCGGGCAGUGCUUCAAGAGGAAAUUGGUGGCAAGGGUCUCUAUAUUACUAAGAGCUCACUACUUAUGGCAUGUGCAUUUCCAAUAAUACACACUUAGGAAGGCAUAUAGAUAGGAUAGCAGUUUAUGCUUGCCUUUUUAUGUAAUGUGAAAGAUCGAUGGAUGCUAGCAGUUUGUUGCAGACAGCCAUUUUUUGCUUCCUGCAGCGAAAUGUCAAAACCAUCUUAUGUACUUUCAAUUUUAUGUACUGUUUUUUCUAACUUUUUUUCCCCUCCGUUAUGUAAAUGUAUUAAUGUAAAGAAUGUAUGUUUUAGUGAACUUCUUCGUAUAAUCAACCUCUGCUUGUGGUCGUGUAGCUUUGGAAAACAUGAAGUCAUCUUUUAGUAUCUUCAUUUUUGUAGUUGAUCUCUACUGGUAUUAGAGUUGUCAAUGAAACUGCUAGUAUAUAUAUGAGUUAAUUUCUCUCUC